UUCCAUACUCUGACAUCACUGUAAUUCAGUGAGAGAUUCCGAGAAAAUGAAACUUAUGACAAUAUGGAUGCCUGAAAGUUACACAAAAUAUUUUCUGAGCCAUUCAAAGACUCUUGUGGAAACAUCUGAAACUCACAGCAAUGUCAUCCUCCAGUGGUCCACUGUCUGAGGAGCUUCAGUGCUCUAUAUGUCUGGAUGUGUUCACUGAUCCAGUCACUGCUCCAUGUGGACAUAACUUCUGCAAGACCUGUCUGAAUAAGCACUGGGACAACAGCCAGACCUGCAGCUGUCCUUACUGUAAAGAAACCUUCAGCCAAAGACCUGAUCUCAAGAUUAAUAUCACACUCCGAGAGGUUGCUGAUCACUAUAAGAAGAAAAGUCCUGAAGAAAAAAAUGAAGUUCGGUGUGACAUCUGUGAGGAAGGAAAGCUGAAAGCCCUGAAGUCAUGUCUGGUGUGUCAGAGCUCUUACUGUGAAACUCACCUGGAGCCUCAUUUGAAAGUGGCAGGUUUAAAGAAACACAAACUGAUGAAUCCUGUGAGUAAUCUGGAGGACUACAUAUGCCAGAAACAUGAGAGGCCUCUGGAGCUUUUCUGUAGAGAUGAUCGGACAUGUGUGUGUCCCAUGUGUGCUCUGACAGACCACAAGAACCACAGCACUGUUCCUCUAGAAAAGGAGAGUGAAGAGCAGAAGAUGAAGAUUCAAAAUGAAGUACAGCAGAUGAUCCAGGAGAGAACCAAGAAGAUUCAAGACAUCAAACACUCAGCGGAAGUCAGAAAAAGAAACACAGAGAUGGAGAAAGCUGCUCGUGUUGAGUUCUUCACUGAUCUCAUCCGCUCCAUUGAGAGAUGUCAGACUGAACUGCUGGAGACGGUGGACGAGCAGCAGAAAGCAGCAGGGAAACAGGAGGAAGAGCUCAUUGAAGAGCUGGAGCAGGAGAUCAGUGAGCUAAAGAUGAAGAGCACUGAGCUGGAGCAGCUCUCACACACUGAAGAUCACCUCCACCUCCUGCAGAUUUACUCGUCCCUGUGCAGCCCUAAAAACACCAGGAACUGGCCUGAGAUCAGAAUGGAGACUAGUGAGAGUCUGGAGACUCUGAGGGGAGCUCUGACUCAGCUGCAGGACACUAUAGAUGAGAAGCUCACACAGACCGUCUCUACAGAGCUGAAGUGGAUGCAGCAGUAUGCAGUGGAUGUGACUCUGGAUCCUGAUACAGCUUAUCCUGAUCUCAUCCUGUCUUAUGAUGGAAAACAAGUGAGAAAUGGAGACAUUAAACAAAAGCUCCCAUAUAGCCCAAAGAGGUUUACUUACUGUUCAAAUGUCUUGGCAGAGGAGGGAUUCUCCUCAGGGAAGUUUUAUUAUGAGGUGCAGGUAAAGGGGAAGACUGAAUGGGAAUUAGGAGUGGCCAGAGAAUCUGUUAAAAGGAAGGGAAAGAUCACACUGAGUCCUCUGGAUGGAUUCUGGACUGUGUGGCUGAGAAAUAAGAAUCAGUAUGCAGCCCUCUCUUAUCCCACUGUCCCUCUGUCUCUAAGAGUGAGACCGCAGCGCAUCGGUGUGUUUGUGGAUUAUGAGAAGGGACUGGUCUCCUUUUAUGAUGUGGAGUCAAGCUCUCUUAUCUACUCUUUUACUGGUCAGUCUUUCACUGGCAAAAUCUAUCCAUAUUUUAGUCCAUCCUUGAGCUUUAAUGGUAGAAACUCAGCCCCUCUGAUCAUCACACCUGUCAAUUACAAUCAAUGAAUUUACACUCUCAGGUUGUGUGUCAAAGCAUUUUUAGCCGGAUGAAAAUGGCUAUUUGUUGCCACUUAAAGCUGCAGUCGGUAACUUUUGACGCUCUAGCGGUUAAUAAACAGAACUGCUUGCGUCUUGUGGAAGAACAGCGUAGCCGGAACUACUUCUCUCUGUUUAUGUCUAUGAAGAAUCACAAAGGUACUGGGUUACUCCGCCGCGGUACCCCCGAAGCAAUCUAAAAUAGUCCGAAUAUAAACACUUAUUAUAGAUGCACCCUAGUGAUUCAGGACAAGACAAAAACACGGUUUGGAAAAUGGAUUCAUGGUGUACUCGCUUAUUAUAUACAUUUGUUCUACAUUUUGAACACAAACAAAGUUACGGACCGCAGCUCUGAUUGGUUGUUUCUUACCGGGAGCGAUGGAUUUCUGCAAAUGGCAAUAGGACACUGGGAGGAGCCAGAGGAGCUUGAUUUUUUCACAGAUCUGUCUCAUAUUCUACUGUCAGGACAUAAUGACAGGUUUAACAAAUAUGUAAAAAAUAUAUAUUUACAAAAGUUACCUACUGCAGCUUUAAUGGCAAUUAGCUUGAUCAAGGUUGUACUUAAUUUAUAUAUAUAUGAUCUGUUUACUUUUAUGAUUAAUGAUGAACCAAAACCAUCUUAGCAAAACUGUAUAAUCCUAUAUGAUUAAUUAUGCAUAAUUAAAAGGGGGGGGGGGAUGUUGCAUACAGAAAAUUAAAAUGAAGACUUGGAAUUAUGACAUUGUUUCCAUGACAGAUUACCGCUUAAUUAUCAUUACCAUACAGCAUUAUCAUUAAUUAGAAAUAAAUUUACUGUUUUACAAUAUAUCACAAUUAAAUGUUCACAUCACAAAGGAUACCAAUCGGGUCACAAUAAAAUACAAAUCUAUGUUUUAAUAAUAGGCUUUUGCCCUGUGAGGGUUUGCAUUACAAUUACAAUUCUUUAGCAAAAGCACUUGUAAUUUAAAUUGAUCAGAUAUUUGAAGUGCAUUAAUCCAUGUAUAAUUUUUAUAUAUAUUAAAUAUAUAGUAUAAUUAUGCUUUGUGAACCAGAAUAACUUUCUGCUUGUUCAUCGCUGCUUGCAGCUUUAAUAUUUAAAUAGGAUUUGUAUCUAGCCCCCGAUAGUGAAAAUAACUACGUGCAACUUGAAUUUCAUUUAUUGUACCCUUUAAAUUAGCUUGAAAGAUCAACAACAGCAGUAGUAUAGUGUAACAUUUAUUUGAAACAUGUAUUUGGUACUUGCUACCUUUUAUUUUUCCUUUCCUUCGCAUAAACCCCACGGACCAACAGAAACUCAAAGGUGCUUAGGAGCCAAAACAAACUCCAGAGAGUUUGCUUUGGUGAGCUGUUUUGAACUGCCAUGAAGAAAAAAACUCAAACUCCAUGAUUUUGUUCGAAACUACAUAUUUAGUUUGAAGUAUACAGGGGCCGUUAAAUGUCACAAUAGAGUAGAAAAGACUAUUGCAACUUCCACUUCAUGUCGACUCUAUUGUUGCAUAAUGAAACACCAGUGGAUUUGAACAGAGAUCAUCCAUCUGCAUUACAGUGAUCACACGCUGGCGAGACACAGAGAAGCGUUUGUUCCCCCGAAGCCGAAUGAGUUGGUGAGAGCCACUCUGCGUCCGCUGGAGCUCCAGGUCUGUGCUGUGCAGGGCACAUAGUUCAGGUCAAACUCUGGUUCGGUGCGGUCCAGGUUGAGGGUGGGCGGCAGGACGCUGUGGUGACACGCGAGGGCAGUGAAGGCGGCCUCCAGCGCUCCAGCCGCUCCCAGCAGAUGACCGCUCGCUCCUUUAGUGGAGGACACGGCCAGUGAGUACGCAUGCUGCCCAAACAGUCUCUUAAUGGCAGUGUUCUCCGCGGCGUCUCCGAGCGGCGUGGAGGUGGCGUGAGCGUUGACAUACGUCACGUCUGAAGGAGACACUCCAGCAUCACGGAGAGCAGCAGUCAUGCACCUGAAACACAGCAGGAGAAGCUGAUUAAUACACUCCUGGAUGAUCCCUGCAAUUAUAUCCAAGCAUAUGAAAGAGUAGCAGUAGUAUAUUUUUAUUAAAUAUACAUUAAAACACUACAUACAUUAAAAGUGAGACAGUCCAAAAAAACCUGCAAUUGAGUAGGGUCUAAGCAUAUGAAAUAAAACAAUAUCUAAGCAUUCAAAUUUCAUCACGUUUGAAGGUCAACUGCCUGCAUAUAUUUAAUAAAGCCCUAAAAUAAAGUAUGUAUUAAAAUAAAAUGAAAUGUAAUAACAAAUGUGAAAAUACUUUAUUUCUGAUUAAUCAAAAUGAACUUUUUUUUUGUUAAAUGCAUAAGUAUGUGAAAACCUCUUUGAACUGUCUUAUAUUUGUACUAUCCAUGUUCUGUAAUGCCUGUUACCAAACAAUGUUAUAUAUGAUUAUGUUGUGUUGCAAUAAAAAAGCCCAGGUUACAAAAAUAAA